GCGCAGCGUAGCGUGCCCUGUCGUCCUCAGAGGUUCGGCGGACGGUCGCAUCGCUAUCUGACAGCCUCGCUGCCACUCGGGUCGAUCCGUGCGGCGCGGCCGUGGGCAGCACACAGACUGCACCCCAAGAGCAGCAAAGCGACCGCAGCACCAAAAAAACCGCAGCAGCACAGCGAUGGCGAGCAGCUCCUCCUCCUCCUCGUCCUCGGAAGACAGCGCCGCGCGCCGCAAGCGCAAGGAGAAGAAGCGCCGCAAGAAGGAAAAAAAACGCCGCCGCAAGGAGGAAAAAAAAGCUCGGAAGCGGCGCCGCGCCGACGAAUCACCGGAAGCGGAACCACCCCUGAUGGACGCGCAUGAUAUGAGAGAGGCCGCGGACUUCAAGGAGGCCGUGCUCGGCACACAACAACAACAAGACAGUUCCGACGACGAGGGCCCGAUGCCAUUGCCCGAAGGCCAACAAGCGCAACAGUCCGAAGCGGACUACGGCAAGGCCCUGCGGCCCGGCGAGGGCGCGGCCAUCGCCGCCUACGUCCAGAAGAACAUGCGCGUGCCGCGGCGGGGCGAGAUCGGCCUCAAGUCGACCGAGAUCGAAAAAUUCGAGGCCGCGGGCUACGUCAUGUCCGGGAGCCGCCACGCGCGCAUGAAUGCUGUUAGGAUCCGCAAGGAGAACCAGGUCUACUCCGCCGAGGAAAAAAGGGCCUUGGCCCUCAUCACCUUCGAAGAGAAGCAACAGGCCGAGAACAAGACGAUGGCCCAGUUCCGGGACAUGCUCACGAAGCGCCUUAGGGAUCAGGAUAAAGAUAGUUAGUAACCGAGCGAC